AUUAUUUUUAUAAAAUGGCAGAACCUUUGACAAUAAAAUUAUUAGUAGUAGGAGAUGGGUCUGUUGGAAAAACCUGCAUAUUAUUAAGGUAAAUUAAUUAAAACAGAUGAAUUGUAUAGUUAUACAACAGAUAAAUUUCCAACAGAUUAUGUACCAACUGUUUUUGAUAAUUAUUAAUCAAAAGUUCAGAUUGAUGGACAAGAUGUUAAUUUAAGUUUAUGGUAUAAUUAUGAUUAAAAUUAGGGAUACUGCUGGAUAAGAAGGAUAUAAUUAAGUUCGAUAAUUAAGCUAUGAUGGAACCGAUGUUUUUUUAAUUGUUUAUUCAGUGACUGAAAAUACAACUUUUUAAAAUGCUCUAGAUAAAGUAAAACUAUGAGAUUUUAAUUUAAGUGGUAUCCUGAAUUGAAUAAAGAUAAAUUUGCUUCAGUUCCUAAGUUAAUAGUAGGUAAUAAAAUAGAUAUGAGAGACGAAGCCAAUUCUAGACAUAUUAAAAAAUCAGCUGUAAAUAAAUAAUUAAAAUAAAGGCUGAAUAAUUAGUUAAGAAUAUAAAUGCUUAAUUAUUUGAAGUCUCAGCAUUAACAUAAGAAGGAUUAAAACCUUUAUUUGAUACAGCAAUUAGAAUUGCUUAUAAUAAAAAGUAGAAAGAAAUCAUGGAUUCUAAAAAAUCACAAUAGCCAGCAUAAACCAAUUCUUGUUGCUAGCUGAUAUGAAUA